AUGCAAUCCCAUCAUCGCAGGCGGGGAAAGCCAGGAUUCACUAUCCAGUAUCCAUAUGCAGGUCAUCCGCCUGUCACGUGCCUAAGCGCCGCAUACAACGCAAUGCAGGUGCCACCGACAGGUCCUUCGGGGAUCGAGGUACCAGGCAGUGGGCUUUGCUGCAGUGCAUCCAGAGCCAUGCGUGACAAAUAUUUAUUAACUGCCACAACUGCUGGGCAUCGGCUUAGAGGCUUCAUCUUGGCAUUAGAGGGCUAA